UCCAGCACAGCGCAGUAAAGCAGCUGCAGGUCUCUCAGUGGAAGUCAUUCACAGAAAAGGGAUACAGCACAGGAGAUACGGAAAGCGGAGAUUGCGCUUUACGCGUUGCGUUUUAUAUACGAUACACUUUUCUUCACUGCAUCAGGACAUCCGAAGGUGACAGAAGGAUCGUUGUGUGUCUGCAGUAGCUCUGCAGUCUCAGGAAUGGCCUGCUCGUGAUGCCUGUGUGCAUUCCAGAGGCCCACCUUGGCAGCUAGAGGAGAGGUCGGCCUCCGUCACCAUGACAGUGUUGCCACGGGACGUGGCUUCCCUGGCUGUGCCCGGCCUUAUCCUCUGUUUCAUCACGCUUCCAUUUCCAGCUAUACUAUCCCAGAGGCCUCCUGUCCCCACAGAGCCCACCCCCAGCCCCGCCCCCCACACAAGACCGGAGUGUACACGUCUAGAGCACCCCGUCAUCUCUAUUCAAGCAUUUAAUCCAUUGAUCUCCACUUUCUCCCACCCUGGUGUAAGGGACUACUCCCAGCUCACACUGGAUCUCACGAGAAAUGAACUUAUAGUGGGAGCAAGAAACUACCUCUUCAGAUUGAGUCUAAGCAACAUUUCAUUAAUUCAGGCAACCGAAUGGGGCCCAGACGAAGACACCAGGAGGUCCUGUCAAAGCAAAGGCAAGACAGAGGUGGAGUGUCAAAACUACAUCCGAGUUUUGCUUGUCAACAAGACAGAGGUGAUCACCUGCGGCACCAAUGCCUUUCAGCCUCUGUGCAUCACCAGAGAGGCAGGGAACAUGAGCAGGGUGUUGGAGAGGGUCAACGGAGUGGCGCGCUGUCCCUAUGACCCACGUCAUAACUCCACCGCUGUGGUAACCGAAAGCGGAGAGCUGUAUGCCGCGACAGUCAUCGAUUUCUCGGGGCGGGACCCUGUCAUCUAUCGCAGCCUUGGAGGAAUGCCACCUCUUCGGACCGCCCAGUACAACUCCAAAUGGCUUAAUGAACCUCACUUCAUCUCGGCAUACGACGUGGGUCUUUUCACCUUCUUCUUCUUGAGAGAGAAUGCUGUGGAGCAUGACUGCGGCAAGACGGUGUACUCGCGGGUGGCCCGGGUUUGCAAGAACGACAUAGGAGGCCGCUUCCUGCUGGAGGACACGUGGACCACCUUCACAAAAGCUCGACUUAACUGCUCGCGGUCGGGAGAGAUCCCUUUCUACUACAAUGAGCUACAGAGCACCUUCUACCUGCCCGAACAGGACCUCAUCUAUGGCAUAUUUACCACCAACGUGAACAGCAUUGCUGCCUCCGCAGUUUGCGCGUACAACCUCAGUGCAAUCACGCAGGCUUUCAACGGUCCCUUCCGUUCCCAAGAGAACCCUCGCUCCACCUGGCUGCCCACCCCAAACCCCAUCCCAAACUUCCAGUGUGGGACCGUUGAUGAGGAAGGGCCAAAUGAGGGACUGACUGAACGCAGUCUGCAGGACGCCCAGCGGCUCUUCCUCAUGAACGACGUGGUUCAGCCGGUUUCUGUAGACCCGCUGGUCUGGCAGGAUGAUGUGCGGUUCUUCAAGUUGGUUGUUGACAUCGUACAAGGCCAGGACACUUUGCAUCAUGUUAUGUACAUAGGCACAGAGUAUGGAACUAUUCUUAAAGCUUUGGCAACCACAAAUAAGAGCCUGCAAGGUUGUUACUUGGAGGAGAUGCAACUCUUCCCUCCUGGUGUUCGGGAGCCAAUUUUGAGCCUUCAAAUUCUCCAUGGCGACAGGACUCUUUUUGUGGGCCUGAAUGACAGAGUACUAAAGAUCCCACUGGCAAGAUGUUCCAGCUACAAAACAGAACUGAUGUGUUUGGAAGCCAGAGACCCGUACUGUGGCUGGGACCGCAAGCAACGGCGUUGCACCACUAUAGAAGACAGCUCCAACAUGAGCCAGUGGUUCCAGAACAUCACCGCAUGCCCGAUGAGGAACCAGACCACAGAUGGUGAGUUUGGGCCCUGGGCUCCGUGGCAACCGUGUAGCCACGAUGACGGCGACGGCACCAGUACGUGUCUUUGCAGAUCGCGGGCAUGCGACAGCCCGCCUCCUCGCUGUGGGGGGAAAAACUGCGAGGGUCCUACUAUUGAGGUUUCCAACUGUUCAAGAAAUGGUGGAUGGACACCCUGGUCAUCAUGGGGCCAGUGCAGCACAAGCUGUGAAAUCGGGUUUGAAGUUCGCCAGCGAUCCUGUAACAAUCCAUCACCCAGACAUGGUGGCCGUGUGUGUGUGGGACAGAGCAGAGAACAGAGAUUCUGCAAUGAGAAGGUGUCGUGUCCUCAGCCUAUCUUUUGGUCAUCGUGGCUGCCGUGGUCUAAGUGUAGUGCUGAAUGUGGAGGAGGAGUUCACUCUCGCUCCAGGAACUGUGAGAAUGGAAAUAGCUGCCCAGGUUGUGCUCUGGAGUACCAAGCAUGUAACCUGGAAUCUUGCCCGGAGGUGCGACGUAAUACCCCGUGGACACCCUGGGUGCCUGUAAAUAUAACUCAAGGAGGGGCGAGACAGGAGCAGAGAGUACGGUACAUCUGCAGAGCACAACUGGCUGAUCCUCAUGAGCUGCAGCUGGGCAAACGAAAGGUGGAGACGCGCUACUGUCCAAAUGAUGGGACGGUAACCUGCGAAACAGACACUUUGGUGGAGGAGCUCAUCAGGUCGCCUGGUGUGCGACUGACAGGAUCUGCCUGGUCGUCGUGGGAGAGUUGGUCAGCAUGCACUCAGGAGUGUGCCAAAGGCUACCGCACCCGAAAACGCUCCUGCACCACCGCAGAGGGCAAAAGCGUUCCCACCGCCUGCCGGGGCUCUCCGGUGGAAUAUCAGGACUGCAAUUCACAGCCCUGUCCAGUUAACGGCGCCUGGUCAUGCUGGUCGUCAUGGUCGCAGUGUUCAGUGCCCUGUGGAGGCGGGCAUUACCAACGAACCCGCACGUGCACGAGCCCCGCCCCUGCCAAUGGAGGGGACAUCUGCAUCGGUCUGCAUACAGAGGAGGCCCUUUGCAACACGAACACCUGUGAUGGUGGGUGGAUGGCCUGGUCGGUGUGGUCCGAAUGCAAUGAGUCGGGACAGCAGCAGCGCAGUCGAGUGUGUGGGACUCAAUCCACGACAUGCUUGGGUAACAGCACCCAGCACAGAGACUGCAAUGAGAUCCCAGCAAUUCUCCCAGCAUCAAGCUAUGAUAAGGACCAGCGGUGUGUGGGGUUUACUCUCCUUCACCUGAUAGCUACCGGCGUGUCAUGCUUCCUGGGCGCGGGUCUGCUGUCCUUCCUUGUGUACGUGUACUGUCAGCGUUUUCACAAGCCAUCGCAGGAGUCUGCGGUCAUCCACCCCACGACUCCCAACCACCUGAACUACAAGGGCAACACCACACCAAAGAAUGAGAAAUACACACCUAUGGAGUUCAAGACCCUAAACAAGAACAAUUUGCUGCCAGACGAAAGGACCAACUACUUCCCUUCACCGGUUCAGCAGACAAACGUGUACACUACCACAUACUACCCCACAGCACUGGGCAAAUACGAUUACCGCCCAGACUCCUCCCCUUCUCCGUGCAGGACCUAUAACCACAGCUGAGACACGUGUCCAAUCACAGCUUUAUCCCAAUGGUGACAAAACCCACACGUCUCCCGAUCCCAACCUUUUCCCCACACACCCACUCCGCACACCUGAUGAGAAAACGACAGGUGCUUUACAUUCCAAAUGAUGUUUUCCCAACGCCCCGAGGACAGGACCAGGUCACCUAACUCAUGCCUUACGGUGUCUGACGGGAGACGGACCAGGCACUAAACACAUGAACACAAGAUUGUGUAGCUCCGCUGACUAUGAUGAACGGAUGUCUUGAUUGAUCUUUGCAGAACGCCAGUUACCGGAAGAUGGGCGAGCGAAAUCGUGCUGGCUUCAAUAAUGUUCAUUACAGGAAUGUGGUCUGGCACACUGUGGCAGCCUUUUCUUAAAAGUACAAAGGGAAGAUACAGGGAGACCACAGAACGGAGAGAAAUCGAUGCAGACGGUAUUGAGUGACUGCAGGAUUGAGUCACCUUUGGAUGCACGUGUAAGGGACUUUUAACUUUGGAGGGACGCAUCUCUACAACCCUCUGAGAUGCACGUGUAUGAGUUUGCAGAAUCAAAACGCCUGGGUGGAUAUUCUUUGGAUAUGAGUUUGCAUCCCGGAGAGGUGGGGAUGCUUUUAGCUAGCGUGAACGGACUGUCAGAUCAGCCAUUCGAAUUGAAAAUGCUUUUUUCUACCUGCGAAUGCAUGGAAAUGGAGAAAUAUUGCAUUGAUAUGGGAUAUGCCUAGAUCUAAAGCAAACACGUUCUGCUUUGUUACUGUAUGUCUUGGUGGUCAUAUUAAAUAUGACUGGGUUCAAAUGGAGGCGGACUCUAUUUUAUUAUGAAAACAUAGGAAAUACUGAUAGCUUGGCACUUGUUUUCUACAAAGGGGAAUUGUUCAGCAGUUGAGAAAAGCUGUAGGUUAGAUGCACGAUAGAGAUUAUUUAAGUUCAAAUGUUGACAGAGCUAUACUGAAUAUGAACAUUUUUCCUCAUUUCAUACAUUAGUUUCUACCAUUAUUUUUAAGAUGGUUUAUUCUUUACCAUCUAUCAGAGAUUUAAAGGAUUAGUCCAUCCAGAUAAUUUACUCACCACCAUGUCAUCCAAAAUGUUGAUAUCUUUGUUCAGUCUAGAAGAAAUUAUGUUUUUUGAGGGAAACAUUCCAGGAUUUUUCUCAUUUUAAUGGACUUUAAUGGACCCCAACACUUUCAGUUUCAAAAUUCCAGUUUCAAAGGACUCAAAACGAUCCCAAACGAGGCAUAAGGGUCUUAUCUAGCGAAACAAUUGUCAUUUUUGACAAGAAUAAUAAAAAAUAUGCACUUUUAAACCACAACUUCUCGUCUAUCUCCGGUCAUCACGUCAAGAGGUCAUGGAUGACGUAUGCGAAACUCCGCCCCAGUGUUUACAAGUGUUGAGAAAAGGACCGUUCCAACGUUGUUGUAUGUGGAAUGAUACCAAUUAAUGUCUUUGUGCCAGUUUAUUGUUUAAAAUGGUCCGCAAAUCAGGACCGGAGAUAGACGAGAAGUUGUGGUUUAAAAGUGCAUAUUUUUAAAUUUUCUUGUCAAAAAUGACAAUCGUUUCCCUAGAUAAGACCCUUAUGCCUCGUUUGGGAUUGUUUAGAAUCCUUUGAAACUGCAAUUUUAAACUGCAUUAAAACUGUUAAGUGUUGGGGUCCAUUAAAGUCCAUUAAAAUGAGAAAAAUCCUGUAAUGUUUUCCUCAAAAAACAUAAUUUCUUCUCGACUGAACAAAGAAAGACAUCAACAUUUUGGAUGACAUGGUGGUAAGUAAAUUAUCUGGAUUUUUUUAAGAAAAUUGACUAAUCCUUUAAGGAAAAUCAUGCCGCAUUAUCAAUUGUACAAUUACCCGAAGAAAUGUCAGAGAACAGAUUAUUGGAUCUCUGUUAUAUUACAUUAUACGUAUAAAUUUGAAAAUGAAUUUACGGCAUCACAACCACUUUCCAGAUGCAAAUAUUUCAUUAUCCGUUGUCAAUAAAAGUGUUGACUUUCCGGGAUGUAGUAUUUAUGGUAUGCUUGUUUUUUUUAAGGGCAUUGAAAAACUAAACUAUGUUUUUUUUAUCAUGCUUGUUUCAUGAAUGCUAAGCCAGUCGUGCUUUUAGCUAAGCAUGAGUACAUGGGUUGUAAAUAAAUAAAAUGAUGCCCCACUGCGAAAAAGUUAUGACACACAAACGUACAUGUAUAUUGUAAAGCUAACACUGUUUUUUAAAAGCCUUAGAGUUGUAAAAUAAUAUGUGCAGCGAUUGUGUAAAUAUACCAACCGUAGGGAUUGUGUGGGGAUGGAGCUUGAGAUGUUUCCAGCAUUUGACCCUAAUAGAGAGAACUGUCUUGUAGACCAACACUGAUAAAGUAGUUACCAUUAAGCCCUACAAAACUGAUAGUAGAGAAGUAAAUAAUUGAACAGUGCGUAAUUCAGAUUGAUUGUAAAAAUUAGUUACAGGUUAGAUGACACUUCUAAUAUGAAUUAAAGCACUGGAGGAUAAGUGCCUGUUCAGGUUACAGAAAUGAAACCUCCCCUUUUUUUAAUAUGUCUGGAUAGUAAAACAGUCCCUCUAUAGUAAAUCAUUGUUUGUUAUCUUAAAGAUACACUACUGGGCUUCAGGCUUUCUGAAAGAUUAACUUGCAGUCUUUACAUGGAGUUGCUACAGAGGAUUUUAAAAUCUGAGACCACUUUUGGUUUCCUUUUAAUUUAAUACAUUUCUAUUAAAAUUCAUAAUAUGAACAUAGCAAUUUGAGUGAAAGUAUGCCAACCUUUUGCUUUAAUAAGAGCAUGCACUCAAGUUGGCAUGGCUAAGGAAAAGCUCAUGAUCCAUGUUUUCCUGGCUCGAUUUGAGAACGUUCCAAAAAUCAUCUUAUUAUUAAUGGAAAUCUGUUCUUUUGUAAUGAGCUAAAUGGUCAGUGCCACAAAUUUGCUUAUAUCUGAUUAUAGUGACCUUUAAGCAAUGGUGCACUGCAGAUUGGGUUUAAACAUUAGGUGGUUAAGGUGUAAAUAUGACCCUGCUUGUAAAAUGUUUUUUUGUUUUCUUCAUAAUAUCAUCUUACAUAUUGUAAAAAAACAUUUUUCACAUUUUUAUCUUUAAUAUUGUCUGAGUAAGGUCAUAUCAAAGAUUGAAAUCAAUGUGAAAUUCAAAUCAAACUUUGAUGCUCAUUUAUCAUAUUAAUAAAUUAUGAGACUUUCGCUUGAAUUUCACGCAAGGUUACAAAUGUUUGCAUUAAUCGUUGUAUAAAUAUUGGGAGGUUGUAAUUGCUACACGCUCAGAAAAAAGGUACAAGAAUGUACAAAAGUUGUCACUGGGGUGGUAUUUUUUUUAAAGUUCACUUUUGUACAUACACUGUAAGUAAUGGUUUUGUGGCUUCAUAAAUUUAACUACAUAAAAUGAGUAAAUUCUGUUAAAAAAAAUCAUUUUUUAACCAAAUUUUAGUAAAAAUAACACAAAACGGUGAGUUACUUUAAAUGAACACAUUAUUUAGUAAAUUCAACUAAAUUUUAUCAUGUAAAAUUUUUAAAAAGAAAAUUAAAUUAAUACUUUUGGUUGAAACUACUUCAAUUAGUUUAGUACAUAUAAUUAACUAGGCAGUGAACUAAAAAUAAUAGGCUGCAUUUACUUACAAAAGUGGAUGCAAAAAUGAUGCACUAUAUUUUUAAGUAAAUUUUACAUUAAAUUGUAAGCAAUUGCUUAAAAUUUCAUGGAAAACUUAAUAAAAAAUUGCAAUUGCUUAAAAGGACAAUAAGUAGAAUUUUCCUCCAUCUAGUGGUGAAAUUGUAUUUUGCAUUCAAAUGAAUAUUGCUCUCUAGCGCCUCGCUUUUCCAAAUGUGUGUUGCUCAUUUAUAAACUCACUGAUCUCCUUGACGUUUCAACUGGUUUACGUGUUCUGAACGAAAACGCGUUGCGGUAGGCUAGUGCGUUUUGUCCCUCUCUGCUAUUAUAGUUUUUCAAUAUGGGGAAACGACAUGGAAGCUUUCUAGGACUUACCCGUUCAAUGUAAAUAAAGAGAAGAAAUUCUAAGCUUGCAAAGAAAAGUCAGAUCAUCGGCAGAGGUCAUUUGACACCAAUGAGGACAUAUUUAUGAAUAAAGACAUUGAUUUUGACCAAUAAAAUACUUUUAAAAAAACUACACAUUGUUUCUUUAAAAUUCCAUGUAAAACUUACUUUAAAAAAGUGGAUGCAAAAAUGAUGCACUGUAUUUAAUUUUUUUAGUGAAUCCAGCGUAUUGUUAUUUUUUUCAGUGUAAAAGGUGGAUAUUGGUACCUCAAAGAUACACAUUGGUAUCUUAGAGGUACAUACUGGUAUCUAAAUUAUACAUAUAGGAACCUUUUUAAAAGGUACCGUCCGAGUGACAACUUUUGUACGUUUUUUUUCCCUAAAAGUGAAGUUUUGUUUAUUAGGGGGUUGCCGCACUCCCAAAUCCUCUCUGAAACUACACCCCUGCCUAUGAGUAGUGCAGUAGCAUUAACAUUUCUUGUUUGCCAUGUUAAAUGUUUAUUUCCAGUUUAAACUUACCAAUGUGGUCUCAGAUUUUGAACCCCUCUGGACAUAUAAAAGUAAAUCAAUGAGCUCAUAUUCAGUUAAAGUUAAAUAAAAUCCCCACCUUCACUCCCAUGUGCCUGCCCAGAAAACUCUUCAAAUGUGGCUGAUUUGUGCAAGUUGAGUUUUGAAAGGAUGAUCUCUGCUAUUAAAUAAAAACGGGCGUAUAAAGGCAAAUGAGGCGCUCCAUCCCUGCGAGGCUUGGUGCCCUUCUAUGCAACUGACCUGGUGGUUAGAUGUAGACUGUAAUCACUGCCUUUUAGACACUGUGAAUUUUUGGUACUCUAUAUUUUUGUAUAUUGUACAUUGUAAAAGAUAAUAAAACUUGAUGCCAACCCA